AUGGAAAAGUCUGAUUUAUUUGCACCUCCUAAAGGUAGUUUCUGUCCAAAUAUGGUAUCCGACUUGGUUAGUCUAUCAGAUUCAGGCAUCGAAUGGCCUCUACGUUACACCGUUCGCAUCGCUACUACGACAUCCCGAGGUGUUCGUACUAAUCCGUUGCGUUUACGUGUCGAUAAUAAUGCGGACACGAAACGAGCUCGCUUUGAUUACAUGCUCGACGAUGAGAAUAAUUAUGAAACAGUUAUAAUCGACUAUCGAGAACAAAUCAAAUAUGUGAUUGAUCAAACGCAUGGUCUUUGCGAAAUAAUCCAAGGUGUCAAUUGGCCUGAUGUCAAUCCAGAAUUGAACCCGAUAGAGUUCUUUCUCAAACUGAAAGAGACUAUGCUCGAUCAACCGCCAAAAAACUCUUGGCAAUACAGAGGCACUCGACUUUGCCGUGGUUCGACAAUGCACUGUGUAAUUUACACCAUUUUAAUGCCUAAUUAUCCACCGAUGAUCAAUCCAGCAACGGGUAUGCCCAGUGGUCAGAGUUGGGAUGAGACGCACAUUGAGUAUGCCUGGUCAAAGCGUGAUUCGAUUUUUACUCUACCAGCAGACAAACCUAAGGUCUUGGACUAUCCGGUGUCACUUUUUCUGAGAACCUAUCAAAGGACUGCAACUUCGACAGGCACAGAAUAUCGUUCUGAAGAAAUCGAAUAUGAAUUCUUUGAAAUGUCCACCGAUUUACCCAAUGAUGGUUUCGAUGUCAGCGUUUGCUAUCGUUCUCGCGAUUGGCCCUAUCUACAUCUCGCAUUUACAGUCAAGUUGAAUAAAGGUAAUUUGGCCGACAGCAAUCACCUCAAUCGCAAAGAGUUGUACGAUCGUUUUCUUCUCACGCUCCAAUCAGCCAUGACACCGAUAAGUUUGACACGCAUUCAUCAAUUAGAAAUCGAUCAUGAUAUUACUUCAGCUUCUGAUAUACUCUAUGUCAUGUUUCUUUUGCUUGGUUCUACUCCAACAGCUGAUCGAAUACUGGGCAAUGUAUCAUUGACAACACCAAGACCUGUUAAUGAGUUCAGUGUUGAAAUGGCUCGCGAACAACUUAGAAGUGCGAUUAAUAAUGGAAAUUUCAAUAUCAAUGUGCAGUUGUUAGAUGAUGAUCGAUCAAACGUCACUUUUACAGCAGUGCCUGAUUCUCUUCAAAACGCUAGAGAAUUUCUCUCCUCGCAUCCCUUGAUUUUCAACGUAGGAAAUGCAACAGUGUCGGAGACCCACGUGAUCAAUAUGACCAAUACGAUUGUACAAACUAUAGCCGUAUUCGAAGAGAAAAUCGAAUGGAAAUGGUCAUCAGGGGCUCAGGCGGACGGCAUCGUUGGAGGUCUCUUGAUUGGCAUAUUAGUUGGUAUAGUUAUCAUUUUGAUCGUAAAUUUAUUGCUGAAAAAAACAUCGCCGUCAACAUCGACAAUGGUGCCCAUGGUACCCAUUACCAACAUCAGCUAUGGCAACAAACAAGGAACAGUGAUUGACAAUCCAAUAACUGGGGCUACACAGUCGAACUUGAGUAGCUCAAAUGCUUGAGUAACUUGUUUACUUUAACAGUAUAAUAUGUUUUUUUUAAUCAAAUCUUUCGUAAUAAUCAACAAUAAUUUCAGCCCACAGUGUAUAAUAACAUAGAGAAUAAGUUUUGACUGGCAUCAGGAGUCAUUGCUGAUUUGAUGGAUGCUUUUUUUCUGUGUUGAACACAUGGUCAAUCCAAAAAAAUGUAUAGUCAUGCAGGGUUAUGCAGACUGGCAGAUAUCUUGAGGGAUUGCAUACGUAAGUAUGAUAUGGCUGACAGAGAAAGCAUCUAAAUUUGUAACUAAAGGAUAGGUACUUCAUUUUCUUUACUUCUGUAACUAUUGAUGAUGGCUAUUGAAGUGAUCGGUUGUAACAGAUAUAGCAAAUAACAUUCACAAGUUGAUACUCCUUGUUCAUUGAAGCAUUCUGCACAUAGACAUACUUAUUUGAAAGAUUGUUUAAUAUUGAUUCCAUGAACAGUAACGAUGUGAUCGAAUAGAUCAGAAUCUGAUCGGUUAAACUGGAAGGAGUUAUCUUGACUUGAUUCUUCUUCCACUGAAUCAGACACUAUUUCGAUACUAGUAACUGCUACAGUGACCAUCACGAUAACGGCUUC